GCUGCCGCUGGUUCAGAUCCCAUCCUUCGAGUACCUGGUCCCUGCCAUGGUGCUGAGCUCCCACCUGUCCCUUGGUGCCAGCACAGACAGGAACGGCACAGCCGUGGCCAGCGUGUGCCCUGCACCGCACUGCACCAUCACAGGGAGCUGGGCUGCCUCGCUGCGAGAGGUCUCUGGAGCCGUGCUGGUCUCUGGGCUGGUUCAGCUGGUGCUGGGAGUGUCCGGCAUGUGUGGGUGGGCAGCCCAGCACUGCGGGCCCAUGGUCCUGGCCCCCAGCCUCUCCAUCAUCGGGCUGUCUGCGUACCAGGAGGCCGCUUUCUUCUGCUCCACUAACUGGGGGGUAGCUCUGCUGCUUGUGCUCCUCACUGUCACCUUCUCCCAGCACCUGGGGUCCUGCCGCCUGCCCUUCUGCACCUGGCCCCAGGCUCAGAGGGGCUCCAUGGAGCCACCUGUCCCCACCCUGCGCACAUUCUCGGUACUGCUCCCAUUUGCUGGUGUCUGCAUUGUUUGUGCCAUCCUCAGCCAUCUCCACGUCCCCUGGGAAUCGCUGGACCUGGCCAUGGCACAGCUGUCCUGGGCCAACAGCACCUUCCAUGCACCUUGGCUCCGCAUCCCCUAUGCAGUUCUGGCCCUUGCAGGGGGGGUGCUCUGCGUCACCUACGCCGUGGCUGUGGGCACGGGGAUCUCCUACUUCCAGUAUGCAGAUAUUGACUCGGGGAGGAACAUCUUCAUCGUUGGCUUUGCCAUGUUCAUGGCACUACUGGUGCCACGGUGGCUCAGCGCUGCUCCAGCUCACCUGGCCACAGGCUGGGUGCCCCUGGACCUCCUCUUCCUCUCCCUGCUCAUGGUGCCCAUCUUCUUAACUGGCUUCUUGUCAUUUUUCCUGGAGAACACGGUCUCAGGAACCCAGGAGGAGCGAGGGCUGCUCUCUGAGUUGGCGCCGCAGAAAGCCAGGGCAGGCGAUCGCCGUCCCCAUGGAGAGAGGGAUGAAGCUGGCCAGGCCUAUGGGCUCCCUGCCAGGCUGAGGAGGCUGCUGCCAUCCUCCUGCAAAGCCUUCCCCUGCUGCUUCCUCUGUCCAGGGAGCAAGGAGGAGAAGGAAGAGGAGGAGGAGGGCAGCCAUGCUGCCGAGGAGGGGACUGCUGCACCAGGAGAAGGGACACACCUGCUCCCCAAACCCGGCUCAGGGGAGCUGCAGCCAGCCAGGAGGCCAAGUGAGACAGAGAUGCCCACAUGGCACACUGUGGCCUGA